GAGGGAGAGGAAAAAAAGGGGGGAAAGGGGUCUGUCCUUCCUGGGAUUCCCAGCCGAGGCCAGCCUGCCGCCGUGUGCUUGUGCGCCAGGGCUCUCUGGGCGGCGAUGGGGGCUUGAGAGCCGGGUCGCCGCGGCCGAGAACCAAGCGUGGCGGCUGUUAUCGCCACCGCCCUGGAGUAAGGCGCUGAAGCUGCGGGCGGCCACCAGCACGGGCCGGGGCUGCUGGGCGCUGCACCGUGCGGUGCCGCGGCGCGGCGGGCAGUGCAGGCUUUUCCCAGGCGCCCUGGGGUCGGGAGGCCGCCGGUGCAACCUAGGACUCUGAAGCUAGAAGCUCGCCGCGGCGGCGGCGGCGGCGCCAGAGUGCUCGCCAAGGGGCUGGGGGCUCAGUCGCUCCGUCCGCGCCUCAGCCGGGGGGCGAGCUUCCCUCUCUCUCUCUCUCCAGCAAGCAGCUUCGCGGAGACCAAGAGACCCAGCUGGCAGCGUCAAUUCCCACCAGUUCAUCUGACUUCUGCCCAGACUCUGAAAUGCCAACUAUGUCGAGGCCUGCACUUGAUGUCAAGGGUGGUACCACCUCUGUGAAGGAGGAUGCCAACCAGGAGAUGAACUCUCUGGCCUACUCCAACCUUGGGGUGAAGGAUCGCAAGGCAGUGACCAUCCUGCACUACCCUGCAGCCACCUCAAAUGGAGCCAAAGCCAAUGGGGUUCCCGCCAGCUCCUCUGGAUCACCAUCUCCAAUAGGCUCUCCUACUACCACCUCUGCUACCAAAGCCCCACCCUUCAAUGUGAAUCCUGCCCCUCACCUGUUGGCUACCAUGCAGCUGCAGAAGCUAAACAGUCAGUAUCAGGGGGCCGCAGCGGCUGCUGCGGCCACUCCAGGCCAACCGUGGGAAGCAGGGGCCCUGCAAAACUGGGCCUUUGGGGCCCAGGCAGGAACAGCAGGCUCAGCCUCUCCUCCUGCUGGUGCCCAGAGCCCUGCUAUCAUUGAUUCUGACCCAGUGGAUGAGGAAGUGCUAAUGUCUCUGGUGGUAGAACUAGGGCUAGACCGAGCCAAUGAGCUUCCCGAGCUGUGGCUGGGUCAGAAUGAGUUUGAUUUCACUGCAGAUUUUCCCUCUGGCUGCUGAUGCGAAGUAUCCCUAAAAAUUGAGGAACAAAGCCACUAAUUCUGUUGUAAAUAAAAGUUACUUG